AUGUCGCAGGAGAGCUCAGACUCCCUCUCGUUGACUCCCGGGAAGGCGCUCGGAAAGCGGAAGUCCACUCCCAGCAGUCGCUACGGCGAAGGCUCAUCUUAUCUCGACUCCGAGGGGUGGGCAGGUGGUAGGGCUGCUUCGGCUGGCGGCAGUGGUCGCAUGUCCAACCCUAUAGGCUUGGAUAUGUCGGGCAGUGGCUUGGACGUAUCAGGAAGCAGCAGCGUGCUUCUGGAGGGGUUGGUCGCGGGAGCGCACGAGGGAGAAGAUGAGGUCGGCGAAGGUGAUGAGGAGGAGGCAGAUGAAGAGAGCUCCGACUCGGGCGACAGCGUGAAGGAAGUCAAGACCCGGGGCAAGGCCAAGAGCGGCAAAGGGUGGGCCUCCGAUCAGGGUGUAGAUCCCUUCACGAUCCAACGAGCCAUGGAGAGGCCAGGGGAAUGGGAAUGCUGCUUUCUAGCCAUCGGGAAACAGACUCCGUGGGGGGAGCGGAGUGACGCACUGCGGCCUGCAAUGUGGCUUCGGGUGGUGGACACGUUCAUGGAGGCCCAGACGCUGACCACAUUCAGGAAUGGGGUACGGCAAGACCUGCACCUGGACUACCAGCGCAAUCGUGAUCCCGUGGACAAGGCUAAGCUGGCGGACACUAUCGAGAGAGGAUGGAACUGCAGGAGUAACGCUCUCGAAAAGGAAGAGAGGGGUGCCGCGAAGCUGACCGGAGAAGGGACAAUGACUCAGGAGGAGGAGAGCGAGCUGUACGCGAGGGACUCUGAGGCGAUGGCGGGGGACUUCGCCGCGAAGGAGCAAGUAGCGGCCGCCAAGGCCGAACGUGACCGCGCUGCCUACGGCGGAGGGGCGGUCUCUCUGCUCGCGGGGGGAGGAGAGUCGCCACAGGCGGCGGCUCCGCCACCGGCUCCGCCCGUCGCGGAGCUCCUGCCACAGGACGGGGCUCUGCUGGGGGGGGGGCGUGGUCGUGGUUCCACCGCGGGUGGGCGAGGCACGUCCUCGGGCGCGGGAGGCGCGGUCGGACGUACGCAUGUCUCCGCUAGGGGUGGACGCCCCAGAACGGGGGCUGGGGCUGCACAUGAGUACUUAGCGCGGAGGGGAAACAGUGGUGGGAUAGACGACGAGGAGGAGCUAGGGGAAGAUCCCGAGGACCCCCGGGGCGAGGACGAGGACUUUGGUGGCGGCGGGCAGGGGGACUACGACGAUGGCGACGAGUCUUCUGCCUCAGGGUUAGGGCAUGCGUAUGAUGGCAGCGAUGGACAAGGCCAGGUCGAUCUCGACGACGAGGAGGCGACGGAGCUCUCCGCGGGCAAGGCUGGUCGGAUGGUGCGCUCCGGGAGGGGGGGAGGCGUGCGGAAGCAGAAAUUUCGCGGAACCCCAGGUGUCGUGUCGGGUGGUAGCUCGGAGAUGAUGGACUUGAUGAGGGUGGCGGUGACCAAGUUGGUGGACAGACGGAACCCUCAGCAGCAACCGCCCGCGCCCGCCGAAGUCGAUGCGCUUAGGGCACAGGUUGCGGACAACACUCAGCUCGCGCAAGGCAGUCACGAGAUGGCCGAGCAGAGUCUGCAGUAG